GGGGACAAUCCCAGCAGUCAGGAGGAGUUGUUGAAAAAGGCACAAUGCCGGCGGGGAUCAGAGUGGGCUGCAGUAAGAAUUUUAGUCAGACGUUCCUCAGCGCCAGUGGAGGGGGCAGCCCUGUAAUUUGACAAACCACGUUUCCACCCGGCGAAGUCCCUGCGGUGCACAGGAAGCAGCGGUUACCGAGGUAACGAGCUUGACGCUCAAUUGUGAAGACCGGAAGCUCUUUCCCGGUAUAUUGACGUCACAUUCGGAGCCUGGAGAUUGUGUGACAAUGAGUCCGGAGAGGCUUUCCCAGCCGGGACCCGAGUACCUGGCACAGAGGCACGUCCAGGUGUAUCUAGAGGAUGCGCUCACUCAACUCCUGGAGAACAGGGACGAGGUCGAGCAGCAGGGCAGCACCGCCAAAUUCUUUGCUCACUAUUUCACCAGUGUGUCCAAGGGGACUCACAUCUUGUUCAGGGAGUUUGGCUUCGUACACAUCACGCCGCACAACAGAUCAUCGUUCCUCAGAAUCUUCUGGAGAUGUUUCAGGACCAUCGCUAAAAAUGGAGACCUCCUGUCUAUGAAGGAGUAUCAUUGUUUGCUGCAGAUCCUGUGCCCAGAUUUUCCUGAGGACCUGACCCAGAAGGCAGCGAGGAUUGUCCUGAUGGAUGAUGCAAUGGACUGUCUGAUGUCAUUCUCCGAUUUCCUCUACGCUUUCCAGGUCCAGUUUUAUUACUCCGAGUUCCUAGACAGCGUGUCGGCACUCUAUCAGGACCUGCUGAGCGGCAAGAACUCAAAUACCGUCAUAGUUCCGACAUCGCGUUCCGCCACAUCACGCCAGCGCCAGCCGCCCAAUGACAGCAGCUCUCAGGAUGGGGUUGACGCCCUACAGUUCUCACAGGGUCUGGAGAGUUUAUGUGAGAGAUACAGACACAGUUUCCCCCCGGUACCAUUAAUUGGUGAGAUCCUGAGCAGUGCUCCGCGCAUAACCUUCUAUGGCUUUCUCAUGGCUCUGGCUAAGCACCCGGGGGUCAACCAAAGCAUCGGUGGGCUCCCAGACAAAGCGGAUUUACUGGUUGAUGAGGUUCUGGAUAAGGAGCUUGACAGACUAAUCUCUCAGCUCUCUACCAGCUCCAUCACCCACUCGCCCACGUCAUCAUGUUCUCUGAUCUCAAGAGAUAUCGCUCGUGUCGCCUCCCCCCGGAAAUCCUUGGCCAUGCGCAGGCGCCCGGACCUGGAGAGUGACGGCUCAACUGAAGAGACGGAUUCGUCUGACAGUUAGGGGACAGCCGACCUCUAAAUGUUUUGAGUUAUUAGAAAGGCAGUCUGA